CUUCUCAAAUGAUGGAUCUCAGAUGACAUCCCAUUGACACACAUUCUCUGUUCUAUUCAGCCUGUGACUUCACACUGACUCUGACUCAGCAAAAAUAAUUUCUUUUCAUCUUUAAGCAAUUCUUUUUUUUUGUAGAAGGUAGAGCAAAGAAUGGAAGGAAGGAACCUCAAAAUUUUACAUGGAGUGACAAGAUAGGCCUUCUGAAAAGGUUAGAUUUGAGCAAAGAUGGAAGAAAAUAGAAGUUGAAACAAGUAGAUAAUAGAGAAAGGGUAUUCUAGACAGAGGCUGAUCCAAAUCUCAAAGGUCCAAAGGAUCAAUAGCAAAGAGGGCCGACAUGGAUGCUAUCAGCCAAUCACCUGUGGAUGUCCUCCUUCCCAAGCACAUCCUGGAUAUCUGGGCCAUUGUCCUCAUCAUCCUGGCUACCAUCGUCGUCAUGACCUCCUUGUUUCUCUGCCCGGCCACUGCAGUCAUCAUCUAUCGAAUGCGGACUCAUCCGGUUCUCAAUGGGGCUGCCUGAGACCAUUGAAAGUGGGAUGGCGUGUGAUAAGGACACAGGUCUCUCCCCCAGCCUGUUCUCAGAGAGACAGCGGGGAAGACGCAGGAGUUGGACUUGCAUUUUAGUUUUGAUUCUGCAGCUGGCUGACAGUGUGGAUUUGACCAAGGGACCUAACGCUGUGGGUACCAAGCUCCUUAGCUUUCAACCAGGGGUCAUGGUCCCUGCCUCCCGCUUCCCAGGGUUGAGAAUCAUGUGACUUAAUGGAAGUGAAUGCUGUUGGUGAGCAGUGAAGCCACACAGAUGUGUGCCGUGCAGUGAGAAGCUUUGCAGACCCAAAGAUCCUUGAAGCUGCUGACGGUAAAGGAGGUGAGGGAGACUGGGAAAGAGCAGCUUUGGCCAGGGCCCCUCGCACCAAACCGUGCAAGUCUACCCCAUCCUCAGCAAAUCAAACUCUUGAUUUGUGAAACUUCUUCCAUUUUUCUCUGUUGGGGAGAAGGAGCUGGUAUGGCAGAGAGAGAGAGAUGAGCACAAGUUUCAAAAGCGUCUCUGCCAAUCUCUGCCCCGUGUAACCCGAAGGAGAACUUUGCUGUAAUUUCACAGUGCCCAAGGAGCCGGUGCAGUGACUCGCUUUCCGCACCGAGUCUCACGUCUCUGUUGGCUUUGAUGCUCAAGCAGUGUUGGAAAUGCAGGGUGGCUGAGUUUUCUGACCAGCAUUCCAGCCCCUUUGUGUGUCCCCCCCCCCAGGAGAGAAUUUCCCUCUGCCUGAACUUUGUUGUCGUUAGCUUCGUGUUUUUGUUUAGUCAUUUUUUUUUUGUGGCACUGGAGAACUUGGGGCCGUGUUCUGUCACUGAGUUACAAGCCCUUCUGUCAGCCAUCUAAAGUACUUAUUAUUUUAAGAGAUUUCCCAGGACUCUUGAACCUGACUCAAAACAACGAUGGUUAUUUUAGAUGCUAUGGUUUAUAUUUAUAUAGAGAUAUUUCUAGACUAUUAAAGCUUGCCCUUUGAUACCCAAGUCAGGGGCAUCUUGGGAUCUAUUGUUAUGUAAGAAGAUAGCAUAGAUAUUAGGAUAGUAUUGUGUCAAAUGAUGCUUACUUUGAUCUUACUUCAUUGAUGUAUGUAUCCAAUUUCCAAUAAAGUGCCGCACUGAGCA